ACCGACUCCUGGUCUGAUAAAGAGAUGAUCGCAUGAGGAAGAGAGUUCAUACGACACUGAGAGGAUGGAUUGCACUGCACUGAUGGUGUUUCUGUCUCUCUGGAGCUCAGGACUCGGAGCUGAACACACAGCAGGAAUACCUGGUGAAGUCAGGCUGGUUGAAGGUGCUGGCCGCUGUUCUGGCACACUGGAGGUGAAGGAGCGGGGAAACUGGGCUGCAGUGGAAAUGAAUGAUUUGAUCUGGAACCUGAUGUCAGCAGCUGCAGUGUGCAGACAACUCAACUGCGGAUCUGUGGUGUCAUUGAGAAGAACUCCAGUUUCCCCUGAUAUACUCUACUCUAUGGGUGAUGUUUUAGAUGCUUUUGCUCCUCAUGCUCGGUAUUUAAACCCAUCUUCUUUUAAAGUACAGCUCAAGUGUUCAGACUCUGUCAGGCUGGUGAAUGGAACCAGUGUGUGUUCAGGGAGACUGGAAGUGAAUCCCAACCAGUCCUGGUCCCCAGUGAGUGAAGAUGGUUUUGACCAGCAGGAUGCAGAGGUGGUCUGUAGGGAGCUUGGGUGUGGGGCUCCUUCAGACCUCCAGAGGGCAGUCUUUGGAGAAACAGAUGCUCCAACAUGGAGCAAAGAAUUUCAGUGUGAAGGCCACGAAUCUGCUCUCCUAGACUGUAACAGCACUGCUAGAAAAACAUAUUCUAGUCAAGCUGUUGCACUCACCUGCUCAGAACCUGAAGACAUCAGGCUGGUUGGAGGAGGCAGCCGAUGUGUUGGCACAGUGGAAAUGAAACAAGCGGGGGAAUGGAAACCUGCAUAUUCAGAUUAUUGGACCCUGGGGUUUGCAGGUGAAGUAUGUAAACAGCUGGACUGUGGCACUGUGAUUUCAACCAGAAGAAGGACAACCUCAUUAAGAUAUAUCUGGGAACAGAAUGGGAACUGUGAUGAAACUAAUCUGAUGAAGUGCUUUGACAAGAUAACAUAUUCCUCCGAUUCAACAGAGGUAACCUGCUCAGAGUCUGUCAGGCUGGUUAAUGGGAUGAACCUGUGUUCAGGUAGACUGGAGGUGAAGUCCAACCAGUCCUGGUCCUCAGUGUGUGAGAAUGACUUUGACAUGCGGGAUGCAGAGGUAGUCUGCAGGGAGCUUGGCUGUGGAUCUCCUUCAGUCCUCCAGGGGGCGCUCUUUGGAGAAACCGAUGCUCCAACAUGGAGCAAAAAGCUCCAGUGUGAAGGCCAUGAAUCUGCUCACUGGGACUGUGAAAGCUCAUGGCUGACAAGGAAAACCUGCCCCCCAGGCAAAGCUGUGGGCCUUACCUGCUCAGACCCUGAUGAUGUCCGGUUGGUGGGAGGAGCUAGUCGUUGUGCUGGUAGAAUACAGGUGAAACAUGAUGGAAACUGGGAAAAUGUGAUGAAUAUUGGCUACGAAUGGAAUAUAAAAGCAACAGAUGCAAUAUGUCGAUGGCUGGACUGUGGUUCCUCCAUUUCAAUGAGAACCAGAUAUGAAGCCACGCGACCUUCCAGGGGGAUCAGGUCCUCAUGCAUUGAGAUGAAAUCUGCAAUGAAGGACUGUGUGACAAUAAAGGAAAGUCUCAGCUAUUCCAGCAUGGAAAUAACAUGCUCAGACUCCAUCAGGCUAGUGAAUGGGAUUAAGCCAUGUUCAGGCAGACUGGAGGUGAAGUCUGACCAGUCCUGGUCCUUGAUGUGUGAACAUGACUUUGACCAGUCAGAUGCAGAGGUGGUCUGCAGGGAGGUUGGUUGUGGGCCUCCUUCAGUCCUCCAGGGAGUGCUUUAUAAAGAAGCAAAGGCUCCAGUUUGGAGCAAAGAGUUCCACUGUGAAGGCAACGAAUCUGCUCUUUUGAACUGUGACAGCACCAGCACAGCUAGAAGCACCUGCUUACCUGGAAAAGUUGCUGAACUCACCUGCUCAGACAACAUCAGGCUGGUGGGAGAGGCCAGCCGCUGCGCUGGGAUACUGGACAUGUUUAACCAGGGAGAGUGGAGACCAGUGGUUGACUGUGACUUUAACUGGAACCAGACCUCGGCUGCUGCCGUGUGUUUGCAGCUUGGCUGUGGUAUUGUUGUGUCAACCAGAAUGACAGAUGGCCCGUUUGUGAGACCAGUGUGGUGUAUAAAGUCUUCCUGUAUGGAGUUGUCAUCGACACUGUUGGAGUGUACAACUACAGCUGAUGAUACUGAGAAUGAAUACAGCCUUGAGAUAAUAUGCUCAGAUUUAUUGGCUCAGCCACAUGUUUCCCUCUAUUCCUAUACCAACGGGGUUUCUGAAGGCAAGACACAGGGGUCUCAGGUGCUCAUAGGCUCUAAUUUUGGCAUCUUGUGCUCCAUCAAGCCUCAGUACCAAGGCGGUUCCUUCCAGCUCAUCUUCAGCACAUCCGGUACUACAAAGAACUACACCAUGCCAGCUGUCAAUCACACCGCCCUGUUCCUGUUCUCCACUGCAGACCACACCCACCAAGGGACCUACAGCUGUGUUUACCACGUCUAUGCUUUCACGUUUAACUUCUCCUCUGAGAGCCAGCCGCUGCGUCUCUCCGUCUUGGCCUCUCUGACUGAUCUGAUCAUCAGACUUGUCAUCCUGCUGGGUAUGAUAGUAUCAGUACUUGUCAUCUGCUUGUAUUUUCAGGUCAGUGGAAACCAGAAGAAGAAACGGCAUGUUGAUGGUUUCACUGCUGAAGCCGGGUUAAGAAGGACAUAGUCAGCUAAAGGACAGAGCAGAGAAAGUUCUUCAUUUCCCAUUCAGCUGUUGGACUGUUAAACUGGUUUAUAUUGGUUUUCUGUUCAGGGUUUUUUUUGUGCAGAUUUAACAUAAUAUGAGGCCAGCAAAGGUGGCACCGUCGCUAAGAUGUAAAGAUAUAAAUAGGUUUGCUGUGCUACAUUAGCCUCCUGCUAGCACUUCUCAAGCUAGCUAACCGUUUUGUCUGCAGUAUAGAAAUGUCUUUGCUG